AUGACGAAAAAAUCGUUUUUCGUCACCAGCCGAGCAACACACGUUCAAGGCUCAUGCCCCCUGGCAGGGACGCCGUUUGCAAGAGAAACCGCCACGAGCCGCCGCCCGCGUGCUGCUCGUCCCGCAGACAUGACUGCGGCGCCGCUCGACCUGAUCUCCCACAGCUACACGUUCGACAUCACCGACGGCAGAGUCAUCCAGGGCGUCCUCAUCGCCAUCGACGACCAGUCGAACCUGCUCGUCACCAACGCGGUCGAGACCUGCGGCAGCCACCACAGAGAGCUUGGCCUAGUGUCCAUCCGCAGAAACACCAUCGCCAGAGUGCUGACGACCGAACGGGAGUACAGCUCCAUUUUUGCUAGAAACAGCGUCGUCUGA